AUGACGACCACGACAACAACAUACGUCACAGCGAGGGGGCGAGGCCAGACCAGAGCAUCAGGGGGGCAGGCCAGGGGGCAUAACAGUGGAGUGAUAAGUGUGCAGGCAGCUCUGUAUGGACGUACAGACACUAAAACCUGCAGUGAAGGAAGACCUGCAAAACAACUUUCCAACACCAAGUGCUCUCAGCAGGGCACCACAGGCGUCCUCAAGAAAAGGUGUGAUGGAAAGAAAGUGUGUGAACUGGCCACAAAGGUCGUCCGUACUUCUGAUCCCUGCUAUGGCACCUUUAAAUAUGUGGACACCAACUACGCCUGCUUCCCAGCAAUUCACCUUGUUACAUGUGAGAACAGUCAGGCAUACCUCAAUUGUGACGUGGGGCAGGUUAUAUUUCUGUAUGGAGCUCAUUAUGGACGCAGUGACCGCACCACCUGCUCUGACCAGCGUCCGGCCUCUCAGCUCCAAAAUGUCGACUGCUCAGGUCCCACCAGCAAAGUGGCUGAAAGCUGUAAUGGAAAAAACAGCUGUGUUGUCAGAGCGAGGAACUCAGUGUUUGGAGACCCCUGCGUCGGCACUUACAAGUACCUGGAGUUGGCUUACACCUGCCUGUGUGAGUAUCUGUUUCACUCUACUGAAGACAUUAAAACUCCUCAGUCCGUCCGUCCACUGCCUGCUGCUGCUGACGCCAUGCUCCGCCUCACACUCAGCUGCACACUGCUGCUGGCAGCGAUCUGUUUGAUAGCAGAUGUUUCCACAGAGAGAGUUGUCACUUGUGACGAUGGCAUCAGUGUCCAACGUCUAAACUGUGACAGUGGAGUGAUCAGCGUGCAGGCAGCUCUGUAUGGACGUACAGACACUAAAACCUGCAGUGAAGGAAGACCUGCACAACAACUUUCCAACACCAAGUGCUCUCAGCAGGGCACCACAGGCGUCCUCAAGAAAAGGUGUGAUGGAAAGAAAGUGUGUGAACUGGCCACAAAGGUCGUCCGUACUUCUGAUCCCUGCUAUGGCACCUUUAAAUAUGUGGACACCAACUACACUUGCUUCCCAGCAAUUCACCUUGUUACAUGUGAGAACAGUCAGGCAUACCUCAAUUGUGACGUGGGGCAGGUUAUAUUUCUGUAUGGAGCUCAUUAUGGACGCAGUGACCGCACCACCUGCUCUGACCAGCGUCCGGCCUCUCAGCUCCAAAAUGUCGACUGCUCAGGUCCCACCAGCAAAGUGGCUGAAAGCUGUAAUGGAAAAAACAGCUGUGUUGUCAGAGCGAGGAACUCAGUGUUUGGAGACCCCUGCGUCGGCACUUACAAGUACCUGGAGUUGGCUUACACCUGCCUGUGUGAGUAUCUGUUUCACUCUACUGAAGACAUUAAAACUGUACUGCAAUAA